AUGGGAACAGAGGGCUCUCCACUGUCCUUCCAGGGAGCUGCAGUUGCUGCAUUCAUAGAUGCCCAUGAAGAUGGUGAGGGAAAUCCCAGCUCCCCUCAGGCCAGUAGAAGCCUCAACAAAGAUCCUUUAACAAAGAAGGUGGUCUUGUGGGUGAUGCACCUGAUGGAGAAGAAUCAAUUGAGAGAGCCAGUUACGAAGGCAGACAUGGAGGAUUCUGUUGUCAAAGCAUACAAAAAUCACUUCCCUGAGAUCCUCAAGAGAGCCUCUGUGCUCCUGGAGCUGGCUUUUGUUGUUGACCUGAAGGAAGGGGAUCCCUUCUGUCACUGCUGUGCCUUUAUCAGCAAGCCGGAUUUCAGCGGUGAAAGGAUUCUCCAUGAAGACAGCAUGCCCCCGACUGGCUUGCUGAUGAUGGUGCUGAGUGUGAUAUUCCUGAAGGAGAACUGUGCCUCUAAGGAGGAGGUUUGGGAGGUGCUGAAUAUGAUGGGGGUAUAUUCUGACAAGACACACUGCAUCUAUGGACAUCCAAAGAAAGCCCUCACCCAAGAUUUCAUGCAGCUGAAGUACCUGGAGUACCAGAAGGUGGCCAAUAGUGAUCCCCCACGCUAUGAAUUUCUGUGGCCCAGAGUCUAUGCUCAACUCACCAAGAUGAAAGCCCUGGAAUUCUUGGCCACCAUCAGUGACACCUCCCCCAGUGCUUUAUCACCCUGGUAUGAAGAGGCUUUGUGAGAGGAGGAGGAGAGGUUGCAAGCCAGAAUCGCAGCCAGGGCUCGAAACAGCGCAAGAGCAGCAGAAACCCCUGCCCCAAGUGAAAGCUAA